AUGGAUGAACAUAAAGAUGCAGAAAUAUCACAAAAAGAGAGUACAACUGAGUCAGGAAAUAAUUCUAAAAAUGCAAUUAAUGAAAAAGAAAAUAACUAUGAUAAAAUAAAUAAUUUUAACGAUUUAAAUGGAGGAGAAGAAUGUCAAGUGUUAAAUAAUGAUGUAAAUGAAAAUAUUAAUAAUAAAGAAAAUAAAGAAAUGGAUAAUUUUAUAGAAGAUAAGGUGGAUUAUAACACAAAUGAUAAUAAUGAAAAGUCUUUAAAUAAUAAUGAAAACAGUAAUAAUUUAAUGGGUGAAACCGUUAAUAACGUAAGUAAUAAUAACAAAAGUAACAAUAACACUAUAGAUGAAAAUGAAAUAAAUGAUUUAUUUGAUGAUUUUUUAAAAGAUAUUGAAAACAUUACAUCAAAUAACAAUAGCGAACAAAAAGAAAAAAAAUUCAAUAAAGGUGAUGCUGAAAAGGAAAUAAGUAGAAUUCUAGCUAAUAAAAAUAGUUCUCCAUUUGAAAUAUUUGAUAUACAUGAAGAUAUAAGUGUGGAAGUAAUAAAAAGUAAAUAUAGAAAAUUAUCUAUUCUUAUUCAUCCUGAUAAAUGUAAAAUUGAAAAGGCUAAUGAAGCUUUUAAUAUUUUAACAAGAGCAUAUGAAGAAUUAAAAAAAGAUAGCAUAAAAGAACAAUAUAAAAGUGUUUAUGAGACAGCUAAAAAGAAUAUCAUUAAAAAAUUAAAUUUAAAAAAAAAAAAAAACGAGAUAAACGAAUAUUUAAAUAAGGCAUAUGAAGAAUAUGAAAUUACAAAAGAGAUACAACAAUUAAUCAAUGAAGAAUGUGAACAUUUAAUGAAAGUUCAGAGAGAAAAAAUAGAAUAUGCACAAAAAUGUAAAUUGGCUAACAUGAAAUAUGUUCAAGAAAAGGAAGAAGAAAAAUUAAAAGAAGAUUUAAAAAAAGAAGAAGAAAGAAAAUUAUGGAUUGAAGGUAGAGAUGAAAGAGUAAAUAGUUGGAAACAUUAUAAAAAUGAAUGUUUAAAAAAUGAAAAAGAGUUUCAUUUAUUUAAAAACAUUAAUAGAAAAAAAGAAGAAAGGACAGAAGAAGAAAAAGAAAAAUUGAAAAAGAUUUCUAUUAAUAAUAUGGAGAAUACUAUUUAUAAAAAAAGAAGAAAAAAAUGA